AUGAUAAUUUUGGUUUUAGGAUGCUUCUUUGUUGCACAUGGAUUACCAGGUGACUCUUGUUAGACUACAGCAAAAGGAAUAUUUGCUAAAAGAUAAACUGAAUUUGAAGAAUAAUUGAAUAGAUUAAGAAAUGAAGUUGCUUAGGGAAGAAGGAAAAAUCACGUUGGCGAAAUGGAUUAUGCAGCAAAUAUGAAUGUUGUUGAGUGGCAAUAAGGGAUUGCAAAUGCUGCAUAAACGUGUUCAGAACGAUGUCCAGAUUCUCUCGAAAGUUGCAAACAAUUAACAACUCGUUAUGGUGCUCUACAUAAAUUCAGAACUGUUCAUUCAAUCAGUCAGGAGUGGGAACCAAGGGAGGUUUAUCAAAAGUGGAUGGAUGAUAACAAGGGUGAGUAAUUGGUUAUUGCAAGAAUGAAAUAUUUCGGGUGCGGACGUUCUUUGAAAAAGAAUAUUGAUAAAUUCAUAGAAUAUGUUGUUUGUUUCUUUGAUGAGGCUCCACGCAAAGGUGUUGUUCCUUAUGUUUCUGCCACUUAAAAGACCAUUGGGUCAGCAUGUGAUAAAGGAAGAUCAAGUACUUAUUCAGGAUUAUGCAAAACAACAAUAUAUCAAUAAAAAAUAUUUGAUGGAAUAAGGUUUAGCAAAUAUACUCUGGUUGAAAGUAAAUGA